AGGGACCUGUGUGGAUGUAGAGGAGAUAACCAGCGUGAAGUUUAACCGAGGAAAAAAACACGAAAAUGGGAAGCGGAGACUCCAAAUUACUCUUCAGAAAAGCAGUUAUCCAACUUACCACCAAAACACAGCCCGUGGAGGCCUCCGAUGAUGCAUUUUGGGACCAGUUUUGGUGUGAGACUUAUACCACUAUUCAGGACGUGUUCACUUUGGUCCCAGCUGCAGAGAUCAGAGCCGUGAGAGAAGAAUCACCAUCCAAUCUGGCAACCCUCUGCUACAAGGCAGUGGAGAAGAUGGUGCAGGGUGCGUCCGUUGGUGUUCCCACAGAGAAAGAGAGACAGAUAGUUUUAAACUGCACUCGUUUACUGACCCGGAUCCUGCCUUACAUCUUUGAGGAUCCCGACUGGAGAGGGUUUUUCUGGUCCACGGUCCCAGGAGCAGGACGGCGUUUGGAUGAAGACGGUGAAGAUGAGGAGCAGUGUCGCCCCCUGGCUGAGUCCCUGCUCCUUUCCAUCGCUGAUCUGCUCUUCUGUCCAGAGUUCACCGUCCACAGCCACAAGAGAGGACCCGACUCUGUAGAAGAUAUUCAUUCCAUUGACAGCUGUGAGUUCAUUUGGGAGGCUGGAGUCGGUUUCGCUCAGUCUCCUCCAGCGAACUACAUCCAUGACCAAAACAGGACUGAGUUGUUGAAGUUGCUGCUGACUUGUUUCUCAGAGGCCAUGUACAUCUCAGCGUCAUCAGAAAAGAAAAGCACAAAUCCAUGGGUGACAUUCUUUGCCUCCUCCGAAAACAGACACGCCUUGCCCCUCUUUACGUCCCUGCUGAACGUGGUGUGUGCCUAUGACCCGGUGGGGCUGGGGCUGCCCUAUAACCACUUCCUGUUUUCAGACCACCGGGAGGCGCUGGUGGAGCAGGCCAUUCAGGUGCUCAUUGUGACUCUGGAGCACGAGGGACGAACAGCUUUGCCGGCUCUGGACACAACCAUAGCCAACUCGAAUGAACAGCCAGAGCCAUCAGGACCCGAGAACCUCUUUGUGAAUUAUCUUUCCAGGAUCCACAGAGAAGAGGACUUCAGUUUUAUCCUUAAAGGCAUGUCCAGUCUCUUGAACAACCCUCUGGUCCAAACUUAUCUCCCAAACUCAACAAAGAAGAUCCAGUUUCACCAAGAGCUGCUCGUGUUGUUCUGGAAGCUCUGCGACAUCAACAGGAAAUUCCUGUUUUUUGUUCUGAAAAGCAGCAACGUUUUGGAGAUCCUGGUCCCGAUACUUUUCUACCUAAAUGAAUCCAGAACAGAUCAUUCUAAAGUGGGCCUGCUCCAUAUUGGUGUGUUCAUUUUGCUGCUGCUCAGUGGAGAGAGGAACUUUGGCGUCCGUCUGAACAAACCCUACACCCUCCGAGUUCCCAUGGAGAUCCCCAUCUUUACCGGGACACACGCCGACCUGCUCAUAGUGAUUUUCCACAAAAUCAUGACAUGUGGACACCAGCGUCUGCAGCCGCUCUUCGACUGUUUACUCACGAUCAUCGUCAACAUCUCCCCGUACCUGAAGAGCCUGUCCAUGGUGGCUGCGUCUAAACUUCUGCACCUGCUCGAGGCCUUCUCCACUCCCUGGUUUCUCUUCUCGUCCCCCCAAAACAACAACCUGGUGUUUUUCCUGUUGGAGAUCUGCAACAACAUCAUACAAUACCAGUUUGACGGCAACAAUAAACUAGUCUACUCCAUAAUUCGUAAGAGAAGUGUUUUUCACCAACUGGCCAACCUCCCGUGUGACGCUGCGUCGAUCCAAAACGCUCUACAGAAGAAGAAAAAGCGCGCAGAACUCAGCCGAACUGUCUCCAUGGAAGCGCAGAGUUCAGAGGUCAACAAACAGGAAGUCCCAUCUGAGCAGGGCGCGUACAAGGCCACUCUGGAAGCUAUGCCAGGCAUAGAUAAGAUCACAGAGAAGUCUCAGGUGAGCGCAGACGGGACCCUGGUCUCUGUCCCGCAGACGAGAGGCCGAGGAGGGAGUGCAGCCAGUGACACAGAGUCCAACUCAGAGAGAGACGCAGAGGUUGAGUCAGAGGCUUCACGGAGUCGCUUCUCAAGUGUCUCCUCGUCUGCCGGCUGGACCCCCACAUCCGACUGGGCUUUGUCGUGGAAGUCCAAGCUCCCUCUGCAGACCAUCAUGAGAUUACUUCAGGUCCUGGUCCCACAAGUGGAAAAGAUCUGUAUCGACAAGGGUCUGACAGAUGAGACAGAGAUCCUUCAUUUUCUGCAGCACGGGACUCUUGUGGGUCUGCUCCCGGUGCCUCAUCCCAUUCUGAUCCGAAAGUACCAGGCCAACAGUGGGACCACCGCCUGGUUUCACACCUACAUGUGGGGAGUCAUUUAUAUACGAAACGUGGACCCGCCCAUUUGGUACGACACGGACAUCCGACUGUUCGAAAUUCAAAGGAUCUGAAAGCCGCCAACAAAAACAUCCACUGGUUUGCCUUUUUUAUAGUGAGACCAGAGACCCAUGUUGAACUGGGAUUCUUUAUCAUAUUCACAUUAACUACACAAACCCAACACGUAGUUACACCUCAAAGGGUUUCUAUGGCAACUCAAGUCAAAACAUUUAUCUGUUACUAUUAUAGAUUUGCUUAAAUUUUUAUUUAUUAUGUUAUUAUUUUAUUAUUUAUUAAAAUUGGACACAUGGGGGAGCUGUAGACAGACUGUGCAACUUUCGGUAGCAAUAGAUUGAGAUGCUGCUGAGAUGUGAAUAUAUAUUAGACCUGAAAAAUAAUGAUAGGAUCCUGUUCAAAGUUCACAUUUUAAACGUGUUAAGCAGAAUUGACAAAAAGACUGAAAUAUGAACUGACUGAAGUACAACAAUCACAUUUCGGAACAUGUUUGUACCAUAGACUGUAUAUAUAAUUCACAAUUCACUUUACAUUAGGAAACUGUGGCCCCUCUCUCUAUAACUGCUGCUGUCAGACUCGUCAUUUUGGUCUUAAAAUGUUCGUAUUAACCCGCUCUACAUGAUCCUGGUAUUUCACUAUUUUGUCCGUAACUCAAGAUAUGAACAUAAUAAAGAUAAAUCGGUUGCCUUAAUUCCCCAAGGUCACUCCGUCUACCAUUAGCAGCAGGUUUGAUUGACAACGUUGCGUCCACCCCAUGCCAAACCAAGGAUGCGUGCGGUAAGGGGCGGUGCCUUCAACAGCUUCGCUCCAUAUUGACUCUUUGGUUGCUAUGAUACCCGUGGUCAGAAUUCCCAAUAUGGAACUCGGCUUCAAAUUCACCUCUAUAACUGCUCUAGCAUCGAUGAGCCUCAUUUGACUGGAUCCAAACGCUAUGGGUGACGUCACACUCACUUAGUCCACUUCUUUAAACUGUCUAUGGUUUCUACAGAUAUAAACUACAGGGUUAGCAGGUUUUGUGCAGAAUAAGACAGGAGAUUGGAGGAGAUUGUUGUUGGUGGAGAAAAUUACAGUACUUCAAAAAUUGCGAUUAGCCAAUUGCGUCCAUUCAAAUUGUGUUUUUGAUUUGAUUGCAAUGAAUCUCACAGCCUUAAGAUUUAUAUAAUGUAUAACUUCCUUUAAAUAGAUUCAUGUUUUUGCAAAUAAGAACUGUAAGAAAGCAUGUUUACAUAAAGUGCCUGGAUAUCAAGAUGUGUGCAAGAUUGUGUGGC